GGAAAUUUGAAACUGGGCGGCGCUGUCGGCUACAGCUGUUAACAGGACACUUUCAGCUAAUUCACCCGAUGAAUAGGCUGCAUCAUUUAGUCUUUCAUGUGUAUCGAAGAGACUAAUUCAUAAUGGAUCACUUCAGAGAUCAGAGUCUAAAUCUGGACUCUCCAUCUAAACAGAGUUAUGUUGGCAGUUUUUACCAACCUCCAGAGAAGCUGUCAAGACCUCUGUACAUGAACACAGCCACACAUCCACAGGAAAGAAAGAGCUCAGGUGUGCAGGACAUCAGCCCACAGCUUUAUCAAACAGUGCCUGAUGCUGGAAGCAGAGCAGUGAUAGCAGCCCUGAAAACACUGCAGGAGAAGAUGCGACGCUUGAAGCUGGAGAGAGUUCAGGCAGAGAGGAACGUCCAGCAUUUCUCUAAGACUGUUCGACAUCAGGCGGAUGCUUCUGCACAGAGAGAACUGGAUCACAGCACACAAGAGAAUCACUCUACACAGAGGAAAGAGCUGGUUUCCAAACUUCAUUCCACAGAAACACGCUGCUCUCUGCUGGAAAAACAGCUCGACUACAUGAGGAAAAUGGUGGAGUGUGCAAAGAGAGAGAGAAUCACUCACACAGACAGACAGGACUCCGUGUGUAGGGAAAGCACACAUACAGACCCACAAAUGCAGACACAGCUCAACAAAUUGGAAAGACUGGAAAAAGAGUAUCUAAAACUCACCAGUACACAGUCUAUAGCUGAGAGGAAGAUUGAGCUCUUAGAACAGAAACUUUUAGAGGAGCAACAUGAACGCAAAAUUGUGCAGGAGAAAGCAGAGGAGUUGCAGCGAGAACUUAAAAACAAUCUCCUCUCCCUUUCUGCUGUGACUCAACCUAAAGGCAAGAAAAAGAAGAAAGAAAAGGCCUCUUGCAAGAAGCCCUCCUCAGUGAAGGUGGAGGUGCCUCCCACUCCAAAGGCUAAACGCCUCACGUUUGUGGCUGGAACAGCAACCAGUCCCAGUCACUCAGUCAAUGCCAAUGUUCAGAGUGUUUUGCACCUGAUGAAGCACAGAAACCCACAGCUGUGUGAGAGAGUCAGCGCACUGCAGAAGUCUGUUUCUGAGAACCAGCGCAGACCUCCGUCCUCCCCCAGCACAGCAGCUUCCACACUGGGCAGCCUUUCUGAUCUUCUGCUCGCCCUUCAGGAUGAGCUGGGACAGAUGAGCUUGGAACACCAGGAGCUGGUCAAGCAGAUAGACGAGACCUCUAAACAAGAGCUUCAUGACGAUCUGGAGCGAGAGCUGGACUGUUUGGUCAAGAGAAUGGAGGAGAAAGCAGCUCAAAUCUCCAAACUGCGCAAGCAUCAGCAAACAGUUCAGAAACUCUCCCAGUCAUCUCAUAGCCCCAGGCUAAAGCAGCAGAAGCAUCAUAGGGCCGCCAGUGUAGAGCGCAAAACCAGGGCACAGAGUGGGGUACAACCACUGCCACCGUCCCCUGUCAAAGCCUCGGCCAGCACGGAACAGAAACAGAGCAGGAGCAGUCAAGAGUCCCUGAGGCUCCUCAGAGAGACACAGAAACUGUGCUCUAGCCUCCGCAGACAGGACAUUGCAUGGGAGACAUAGUUACAUUGUCCUGAAACACACAUCCGGGGCUUAGAAGAGUUAUAGCACCUCAAGAGAACACUGGAAUGAUACCUGAAAUUUGCCCUCAGAAGAUCAGAAAACACUGACUCAUCUGAUUUUACUCCAAAAACCUAUAUAUCUCUGAAUGACUCUGAGAUUUUUAAUUG